AUGGCCUCAACACAGUCCACCCUAGGAAGGGGUUCAUUCAUUCCAGUUCUCCAUAUUCCUGAAACCGGAACACUUUACUACAAGAUUGGCACAGACAAUCCUGUGGACAGUCCUAGCACUCCCGAAGUUGCGAGAUUAGCCGCGGCGAUCAUAGAAGAACGGUUCACUAAGCUGCACAAACGCGAAGCCUGGGGCAACCUGGUGGAUGUCCCCCGCGAAAGCAAGAGGGCGUUUGGCAACGUCAUUGGAAAAGCCAGAUGGAAGGUUCCUAGGGAGAAACUCUUCGUGUUACUCAGAAUCCAAGAGCCGACGGGGGAGACUGAUUCCUUGGCUCGCAGCCUAAAAGAUAGGUUUGAUGAAAGCUUGAACUUGAUGGGACUCCAAAGUGUGGACCUGCAUGCUAACAUCAGUGUCAGUGUUGUUGUGCAUAGUAAAGGGGGCCCCGAAUCAAAAGAGGACCUCGACCCAAAAGAGAAAUCCGAUUCCAAAGAGAAAGUGGAUCGAGAAGACUUCAAGAAAGCUUGGGCAGAGCUAAGAAAAGAAGUCAUGGGUCAGAAAGAUGGAAAAAGAAGAGCCCAAUUCAUUGGUGUGUCAAAGGAAAAGGUUGUGCCAAAGGAGGAAGAUGUGCCAAAGAAGAACGAGACUUUCGUCCUUGUCGAAGGGCCCCAACCCCCGGCAAUCAAUUACGAACAAGACGGUGAAUCUAGUGACUUGACUUCCUUGAUCAAGGAAUGUGGACUCAGAGAUGCAUUUUUCGUGCGUCUUGCCGACAUUCCCUCAAACAAAACCAUAGUCCCGGAUAAGGAAGAGCCACUAGACUUGCAGCCCGACAAACUGCCAGACCAGAUCUUAAUGGAGGUCGACGUUACGCGCCAAGGGGAAGGACUGUCAUCUCGAUUAGUUCGCCGUUUGGGUGUUGUGUACAAUGCAAAACUUGAAGAAGAUCGGAAAAAGAAAGUGGAAGAAGAAAUUCGGAACGAUGAGAACCUCCAAAUGCUGAGCCCAACGCAGAAGAAACAACAGGCUGAGAAACGGGCGGCAGAAAAGGACGCACAGGUGGCAGAACAGCGCAAACAGCAGCGCGAAGGGUGGCGAAAAACAAUUAGUCGAGUGGAUAAAAAAGCUGAGGAGCGUCAGGAGAACGCGGAGAACGAGAAGGACACGACAGCCAAAGAAAUGCAACACUCUGAAAACAUAGACAAGGCAGUCGGUGUCAAGGUCAAGUCCUUUUUUGGAUGGGUUGAGAAGCCAAUGAAGGCCUAA